UUUGGGAUCAACCAGAACUCGACAUGUGUCAACCUGGUCAAUAAUAAAUUUAAUUUUGACAUGACAAAGGCAAGGUUGAGAAACACUAAAGCAAAAACAAACACACUUGCACACACAGAUUUAAGAUAAAAGAGUUUUACUAUGAAGGUAGAGAUUAUAAUGAUACUGUUCUCACUUUCAACCUUAGGACCGCUAAAUAACCCCUAAAUAACACGAAAGUAGCAAACCGGGUCAAAUUGACUCAAAUAGAAAUAUCGGGUCAGACUCAUUGUCCAAUGAAUAAGCUUUGUUUGUGUAGGUCGGCAAUGGGUAAUAAGAGUCAAAUUUGACACAUCCACAACAAUUUUUGUAGGCACUUUUGAGUAUAAAUUACAACCUCUCCACUUCAACUAGUCCUUGCCACAAUCCAAACCACUUUGUUUGAGGUCACUAUCUGUGAACUCCUCCUUUCUUCAUCUUUUCUAUCUGUUCUUGCUUCCAUUAAUUUUGGCACCUCUCAAAGUGGAUUUUCUAGCACUUUCCAGAGAAACAGUUGGGAAAACUAGGGGAUUCAUCACUUCAGAUGAAGCCAACAACACAUUGGCAUUUGAUAAUUAUAAUUGCUGUGGCACUGGUCUCCCAAGAUUCAAUCAAUGUGGAAUGCAGAGCCCAUUUUCACAAGAAGCAGAAGAACAAAGGAUCCUCUUCUGGUUAUCCUCCUCCUAGUCCUCCUCAAGACCCUGCACCUCCAUCCCCUGUUUUGCCUCCCCCUAUUCCUUCUGACCCGAGUAACCCUCCUGGCAGUUCCAGCUCUAACUGUAUUUUUGACGUGACAUCUUUCGGGGCUGUCGGAGAUGGGUCCAGUGAUGACACUGCUGCAUUCAGAAAAGCAUGGCAAGCAGCUUGUGCAGUAGAAUCUGGUGUUGUUUUGGCUCCCUCGGAUUACACAUUCAUGAUUACUUCAACAAUCUUCUCUGGUCCUUGUAAGCGAGGACUAGUGUUCCAAGUGGAUGGGGUACUAAUGGCGCCUAAUGGACCGAAUUGCUGGCCAAAAACAGACAGCAGCAAGCAAUGGCUAGUGUUUUACAGGCUCGAUGAAAUGACAUUGACUGGAAGUGGAACCAUUGAAGGGAAUGGUGAGCAGUGGUGGGAACUCCCCUGCAAACCUCACCGGGGUCCCAACGGUUCAACAUUGCCUGGACCAUGUGAUAGCCCUGCUUUAAUUCGAUUUUUCAUGAGCAACAAUCUGGCAGUUCGCGGGUUGCAAAUCCAAAACAGUCCCCAAUUCCACGUGAAAUUUGAUGGCUGUGAAGGUGUGCAGAUAGAGAAGCUAUCCAUUUCUUCUCCAAAGCUCAGCCCAAACACUGAUGGCAUUCACAUCGAGAACACCAAGUACGUCGGGAUAUACAACUCUGUCAUAGGCAAUGGGGAUGAUUGCAUUUCAAUUGGAACGGGGUGUUCAAAUGUUGACAUAGAAGGUGUCACUUGCGGGCCGAGUCAUGGGAUUAGCAUUGGGAGCCUAGGGGUGCACAACUCCCAGGCAUGUGUCUCCAACAUAACAGUCCGCAAUGCGGUUAUAAAGGACUCGGACAAUGGGGUCAGGAUCAAAACCUGGCAAGGCGGGACAGGCUCAGUAUCUGGCAUUUCAUUCGAGAACAUCCAAAUGGACAAUGUCAGGAACUCCAUAAUCAUAGACCAGUACUACUGCUUCACAAAGGGUUGUCGGAACCAGACCUCGGCCGUUUAUCUGACAGACGUGUCGUAUCGCAACAUAAAGGGCACGUACGACGUGCGUAGCCCUCCCAUCCACUUUGCCUGCAGCGACACCGUGCCCUGCACGAAUCUAACGAUGUCCGAGGUUGAGCUUCUUCCAUAUGAAGGGGAAUUGGUGGAUGAUCCAUUUUGUUGGAAUGCAUAUGGGACUCAAGAGACCUUGACAAUACCUCCCAUUGAUUGCUUGCAAGAUGGGGAGCCUGAGUCUGAGGGAGAGCCUUCCACAUAUUGUUAGUAGGGGUAUUUUAGUGCUUUUCGUUAUUACAUAAUUAUAAAAGGGGCUUUGUCCUAAAGCCAUUGUGGGAUCCGAGGAGGAUCCAAUUUACGUAGGUCUUGUGCAUGCGAAGAGACUGUUUCUAUGAUUCGAAUUUAGGACACUAAGAUCAUGAUAGAACAAUCUUACUAUUGCACCAAGAGCCAACCUAGUUAUUUGCAUAUAACUUAUGUAUACAGUAAUUUGAUAGAGAUCAGGAGCCAUUAUUUGGUUAUGGGUCUUGAUUGUUACCUAGCUAGGCCUUCAUCCCUUUGGGUUUGUUUCCCUUAUUGUGUGAUGAGGUGUGUUGUAGGAAUUGGGGAUUUUUUUUUUUUUUUUUGUUUGCCAUACUAUGUAACAGAGUGGAUUUUUACAUCUAUAAUUAAUAAUAGCAUUAC